AUGAGAGGUGGCCUUUAUUACAGAAGGACAGGACUUGUAAACUUGUGUCUCAUAUUGCGUCCCCAUCAAUGGUCAAUGUCCACGCCCAGUUCGCUGUCAGCUUCAGUGGAGGAUCAAUUUGAUUACAGACGUACCUCAGAGAAGUUUUGGAUAGAAAUCCAAUUUCUCUGGGGCAAUUAUGAUUCCGAAGAUGUUUCCCUCUGUAUUAGUGAAAGAUUCACAGAGAUUACAUCGAUUAACCCCUCUGGAUACGGUAUUGUAAUUGGCAUUGACUUUCCUUACCACUCAUAUGGAGCAUAUGGUAACUGGUUUCCAGGCCUAAAAACGGUUGUUGAUAGAGCUUUGAAGGACUUUAUGAAGAAAAGCAACUCCAGAGAACGGAUCAGGAACGAGUUGCACCUAAGAGGAACGAAAUCUCAAGACUUGAAGGAGAUUUUCAGCGAUGAUCAAAUUACAUGGUUGGUGGAUGAUACUGUGGCCUAUAUGCCCACAUUUCGCAGCGGUGUGGCUUUUAUAGUCGACCCAAGAAAAGGGGAACUAUACCUGAAGGUUUUCAAGUCAAGCGCUUUUUCUUGUAAGAAGUCGCGUCCUGGUCGGCUAGCAACACAGAAAACUGCUGAAGAGGUUGCUCAACUUGUGCGGUCUCACCCUGUUGAAGAUCAGCCGAAACAAAUCAUUGCUAUUCGCGAAGAACUGCUAGAGCCAAUGAAGUCUGCCCUCGUCGGUUACUCAACCAACAUAGUGGUAAACAAAAUCAAACUACCCGAGUUACCAUUGCAGGGUCUUCUGAAGAUGAAGCUUUUUGGGGAUGUAUUUUCUGACUCCACCAAACCGAAGAUGGUUAAGUUCAGCAACAUAUACGACGAUUGGUUGGAGAGUAUUUCAUCGUAUGAAGCCUUUUCAAGACUUGGUCUGAUCCUCCGUGCUCUUUCUAAAGAUAAAAACAGUGAGUCAGUAAAACGGAUUCUUUCUCUUGAAGGUUCGGUGCUCACUCCACCAAACUGCGUAUGGCCGGCACUCACUCUAGAGCAGUGGAUGAAGGUUGAGCUUGAUUUAGCCUUUCAUCUCUCGGCAUCAACGACAGCAUCGUUGAGGUAA